UCCUCUCCUCCCUGUUUUCCAGCGAUGAUGCAGACUGUACCCUCUUCAUCUCGGCUUAAACUGGAUGUCUCAAUCAUUCUUCAUCAGCUCUUCGCUGACGGGCUCUUCUCCAGAUUCACCUGAAUUAAACCGGAUAAGGACCUCAGAUGUUAUGAAGACCCAUGCUCCAAAUUAGACAUGACAUUCAACAUUCAUAUUUCUGACAUACUGAAAAUAGGCUCCUGCUCUGCCAGUAGGACAGCUUGAUGGGCAGACAGACUUUUUGAUGCUUGACGAUGAUGAUGAUUUAUUUUAAGUGCUCUUGAGGCUGCCACAAACUCAGAGCUGAUUUCAUAAUGUGUGAGCGAGAAGAGCCCUUUGGUGUGGGGGAGUUAAGGAAUAACAACCAGCAGGGUGGCAUGCUGGCUGAUGGCGACGCCAAUGCCAAUGACAUUCGGACAGAAGAUGGUGGGAGAACUGGGGAUACUGGCUGUCUGUCAGGAUUGAUAACUGAAACAGCAGAGCAAGACAAAGUCAUCAUCUGGGGCACAGACUCUCAGUGUGAUGACCCUGAGCUGGCUGAAUUUGAGAUGUUAGAGUGUCAGGAGUUGGAGGCUUAUCUUGUUGAGGAGGAAGAGGACUUUGUUGGGCUUGCAGAGCGGAAGGAGCUUCAAGAACAGCCGUCAUCAUGCAGAAAAUCCACAGCAGAAGAGGCGAUAGAUUAUAAGGGCAGGGAAGAAAGGAAGUCAAUUCUGAACGGUGCCAGUGAGCAAGAAUCCAAUGGCUCUCAUGUCUCUGAGAGCAGAGAAGCUUCCAAGACUGACUUAAGCUCUGAAACUGAUGUCUUUGUAUCCUGUCUGUCCACCAUUUCAAGCAUGGCCACUGCCAUGGACACUGUUGGCAAGAACCAGAUGACAGACUCCUGGCAUAUUGCCUCUGGUCCUCAUUCAACCAUCUCAGAGGACCUAACUUCCCAGAUUUGCACCACUAUCUCUGAGAGAGGCAAGGCCUCUCAAAUAGUUGAUGAUUCUUCUCUUUUUGCUAGAAAAAGCACAAUAACCCAGAAAGAUGUAGAUAUGAAUUUGAAUUCAGCAGUUCAGUCAGAUGAUGCUGUAUCACAGGCACAUGAUGUCAGUGGCAAACCCGGGACAAAUAAUAACCAUAGAAAUAAAGCAAAGGGUAGUGUUUUGGAGGUAAAUUGUACUGAGCACAAGGCUUUAACCUCUCCGACAAAAUGUCAAAAAGAAAGCAACGCUAAAAUAGAUAAAAGCACACAAGCGGAUGAAACCCCUGAUGUGAACUACAGGGCUCUCAGAACAGGUACAAAGGGGACUCAGUCAUGUGUUGAACCUAAAGCCAUAAAGAAACAAGACUCAUUUGAUAACACACUGAAGAAACAAAGCUCUUUUGAUAAGAGUCUGAAAAAGCAGCCUUCAUUUGAGAAUGCUUUAAAGAAGCAGCUCUCUUUUGAUAACACCUUAAAAAAGCAGGGCUCCUUUGAGAACACCACCACUCCCAGCUCUUCAAGUCUGGAAAGGAGGAAGCCAUGGGGAAGCCCCAGUCGACCAGCAACUCCUACAUCCCCUAAAACCACCUCCUCUUCGUCACCUAAGAGACGACCUAGUGGUUCUCCAGCUAAGGUCCAGGGCAUCAGGGCACCGAGCCUGGAGCACAGUGACUCCUCUCAAAGAGGAAUAAGUCAAACUAUCAAGCCACAUGCUAAGACGAGUUUGAGCAGUGGAAUCCCCAAACCUAUCAUGCCUCAACAGAAGGAGUCCGAACCCAGGAGAUCUUCGCCCCCUCAGAAGCCCAAAAACGUGCGGCCAAAAAUCAUCACGUAUGUUCGAAAGAAUACUCAAGCAAAACCACCACUCACCGAUGCACUAAAUGAAGCCUCCACACACACAUCAAGAUUACCCUCUUACUCCAACCCACCAGCUCUCAAAGAUCCAAAGGUUGCUUCUCAAACUAAAUCCACACCAGUGCUCUGUUCCUCAAACCUGCUAUUUGACAAAUAUCGACAGGAGAUGCAGAAGACAGCAUACUAUCCUCCAGGUGUCGCUGUGACUGGAGUAAAACCUCCAAGCAGCAGUAUCCCUCAAAGGAGUGGAAAGUCAGACAACUUCCAGGAGGCAUCAGAGAAAUAUCUUCAAGAGCAGCAUGUUUCCCCUGAAGGAGGUAGUGUCUACCGCUCGCCAAGAACCCUGAGGCCUCAGCUUGGGCUAGGUGCAGUCACCAGGCAGCCCGCAGCCAAGCCAAGAGUUCAGCAGGCAGGUCAAAGGUCAGGUCCCUCACAAUAUCUGGCUGCCAAAGUGUCCACUCCAGGCCAACAAGAUCUGGCAGGAGAGCCCAGGAGGGCAGGUCCAGAAACCACCCCAAAAAGCCUCCUGCUCAAAUCAGGCCAGUCUGGCCUUCGUCCUCCAGGCUUCUCUGCCCUUCCAGCUGCCCGUCUGGCUUCUCUAGGAUUUGUCCGGAGCUCCAGUGUCUCAUCUGUAUCCAGCAACCAGUCUAAUGAAAGCACCCACAGUGACCCAGGCCGAGGUUCUCAGUAUCCCAGCAGUGGCAGCGAUGACACACCUCAACAUAAAGCCACGGCACCAACCAGAGAAGCCUCCCCUGCUCAAAGCUGCCCUCACCCUCCUAAUGCCCCCAGCCUCCAGCGGCGCAAUCUGCCACCACGGCACUGCUCCCCACUAGUGACUAGGAGAGAUUUACAGAAGGAUGCAGAGGCUGAGCUGUCACCAAAGUCCUCCCCUAAAAGACUUGCAGUGGUUUCUCCCAAGCCACAAUCCCCUGUUCGUGGUCGGACAACAGCAGUUCUUGGAGCCAUUCAGACCGAAAAGGCACAGGAGGUGGAUCGCGCUCAGAUCCAGCAGCUGCGGGAGCGAUGUGAGCGGCAGGCCCUGCAGCUACAGACUCUGCAGGCUCAGUUAAAGAAAGCCUCGCUGUGCCUGGAUGUUUUCAGCAUCACUACUCAGCACUUCUGUCACAAGAGUGAGAGUGCCAUUGUGAAGGAGAGGGAACUGUCCCUGGAGCUUGCCAGAAUCCGUGAUGAAGUGGCUGUCAGUGUUGCACACUGGGAGCAGUUGCAGCAGGAGAAGGAGGAACUGGAGCGUCGUUUUGAGUCUGAGCUGCAGGGAUUGCGGGCUCAACAGCAGAAGGAGCUGGGAGCGCUGGAGGAGCGGCUGAAAGCACAGCACGUGGAUGAGACGAAUAGUCUGCAGGCCCUGCAGCGAGCUGAGCUGGAAGAGCUACACUUCAAACAGCAGGAGCAGCUUGAGGAGAUGAGUCAGAACCAUGAGGCGUCCUUGAUGGAGAUGGAGACGGCUCACAAUGAUACACUGGCCACUCUGCAAGAGGAGCAUGCCAGGACUGUGAAGAAUUUGAAGAUGGCCCAUGAACAACAGAGGAAGUCUUUGGAAGAAGAGUUUGAAAAGAUCAGACUGUCACUGCAGGAUCAGGUGGACACACUGACAUUUCAGAACCGUAGUCUCAGAGAUCGAGCAAAACGAUUUGAAGAAGCUCUCCGCAAAAGCACAGAUGAGCAGAUCGUGGAUGCUUUGGCUCCCUAUAAACACAUUGAGGAGGACCUGAAGAGCCUCAAAGAAGUUCUGGAGAUGAAAAAUCAACAAAUCCAUCAGCAGGAGCUGAAGAUUUCAGAACUGGAGAAAAUACAGGCUGCAAAGAAUGUGUUCCUGGAGGAGAAACUACAAGUGUUACAACAGCAGAAUGAGGACCUGAAGGAACAAAUAGACAAGAAUCUCGCUGUGUCCAGGCAACUCUCUGAAGAGAAUGCUAAUCUGCAAGUGAACGUGGAGAAGGAGAGCAAUGAGAAGAAGCGCCUUAGUCGCACCAAUGAGGAGCUGCUGUGGCGCCUACAGACCGGAGAGCUGAGUCCUCACAUGUCCCCCAGCUCCUCCCCUAUCCAUCGGCCACCCUCUGGACCAGGCUCUCCUGCCCGUCCACACUCGUAUCACCAGUGAUGCUCUUCUGGAAGUUCUCGUCACCAAAAGCUUUUAGCUGGAAUCAGAAGGCCUCAUUUGUUUUAAACCUCUUGGGUGAAUGUUUCUCUCAAUCAGAAGAGGGAUGGAUGUUACACUAUAUAAACACAAAUAGGUCUGUUUGUUGGGAAAAUCCACUUGCCUAUGUGAUUUAAAGUUUGAACCCCACUGACCUAACCAAUUGUACUGUUAAUCACACCUGUUACUAAAAGAAGGAAUUCUCUGCCCUCAGAUUUUCCUACUCCACACGAACGCAACACACAGCAGAUGCACUGAAAAACUCCCACAGAUUGUAGAUUGAUUGGAGAGCAGAAUGAAAAUCACGGUGCCUCAUUUCCAUGUUUUCGCCAUCUCCAUCUUCUCAUCCAGCGCUCAGGAUGAUGGAUGUACAAGACAUAAUGAUAAUCAAAAGUGCAACAACAAACACAAAAAGCGCCUUUUGCCAUCCAUUCUCUCCCACCAGCAGCAUCCACCAGGACAAGGAAAAUUCUUUUUGUGAGUAAAAUCACAAAACUACCUACAGUAUUACUCUCAAUGUUCAGAUUCUUCUCUGGGGCUUAUUAUCCUUUUCAUCCUGAAAUAUUGUAGGAGUUUAUGAGUGAAUAUCAAGCCGUUUAACCUCAAUCAUCCAUGCUACUUUAACUUGCAUAUUAGCAUUGACCUGAAAUGUGUGGCUACAACAACAACCCAACUUGUAUCUUCUGAACUGCCAACACAGUCAACAGUUUUCCUGACCAUACUUUGUAAAAUCUGUACAUGUAUUGCUCUCUUUAAAGCAUGAUCUGUCUUCCAGUUAUAAUUAACUAUAUUUUAGGAUUGCCUACAGUGUGAUGAAGUGGCACGGAAGGGCAGUGGAGCAUCGCGAUUUAAAAGGAAUUUCUUAUUAACUUGAACAGGAUUCAUUAAAGGUAAAACAUUGCGUUAUACAUUUCACACUAGGUGAGUUGAUGCCCUUCACACCCUUCAGAUGAAUUAAUAUAAUUGACUGCUCAAAAGGUUAACACUUGAUCAUCGCAGUAUGAAGCAAAGUCAGUUAAACUUCAGGAAUAGUAGUCUGUCCGGUUAGGAAGCAAAAAAAUUAUUACUAAUCAAUUUAAUCUGCCUUUGUGCAAAUGAAACAACAAGAAAAUCUCCAAGAAGGUAAAGGUUUAACACGUGUUCACAUACAUCUUUGCUUAUUCCUGAUCCUUUCAGAAUGAUUUUUUUACUCCAAGAGUGUGGAGAAGACCCCAGGGGUGAUGGGCUGUUGUAUGAGCAGACCUGGACAGGCCGUAGAUCUGCUCCUUUGUGCCUUUGUGCAGAUUACUAGCAAAGCCCUAGAAAAUGACCUCCAGUAUGCCAUUGGUAACGUUGCUGCCUGUAACAUCAUCCAGCAUGACUGGGUUGGCAGUAGGUCAGUGAUGGUCUGGGGAGGCAGAAUUGCACAGGUCCUGCAAAAAGACAUAUCGAGACUGUCUUGUGACAGUAUGUUCAAAAACAUGUACAUGAGUAAACUGCCGGAGGUCAUUUUGAGGGGUUCUGGCUCCACCUGUUCUUCCUUGCACUGAGGAGCAGAUACUGGUUUUGCAGCUAGGUUGAUGCCCGUGCUUUAGCCCCUGUUCUCUCUUAAUAUGACUCCUCUUUUCCCAUCUUCUGGUGCCAUCCUGGAGGAGCUGGGCUACUUGUGCAGGUACAGUCUCAUGCUACCAGUAGUGACAGUGACACAAGCAAAGAGCAAAACUGCAGAAAAAUAAGAAAGGAUAAGAGAAGACAGCAGUGUAUGGUCACCACAUGCAGCAUCAUUCAGUGUUUGGUGGAUCUUCUUGAUGCUUCUCCAGUGCUGCUGGUUUUGCUUCCUUACUGGACAGUCUAAUUCCUGACGUCUAGCUCAGUUUGUGUUAUGCUGUGAUGAUCAAGUGUUCACUUUUUUUUGUUGUUGAGCAGUUUAUAAACAUGUCCUACAAAGUGAACAUGCAGACUACAUAGAAACCACCAAAGAGGAAAUCAUUGAAUACAGCAGUUCAUUAAGUACUGUAGCUGUCAUAUGGUUGGACUUAAUUGCUGCCGAAUCAGCCAUAAAUGGUGCAGACGUUGCAAAACAUUUAUCUGUUUUGUUGCAUUUUAAGAUUAUACUGUCAGGGCUCUGGCAGCUAGCUGAAACUAUUGCUGUUUUCUCUGUUGAUGUUUAUUAUUAUUUUGAUUGUUUGUGUGUGUUUUCACCACAGAAAUCUUUAUAGAGAAAGAAUUAACCGCAAUUGACAAAAAACCCCAAACUGAUUACAUUUCCAUCAAAAUAAGCACGAGAGUCUGAUUGCAAUGUUACCUCAUUUCUCAUUGUAGAGAAUAAUCUCAGGUCUUGAGGAGAAUUAAGAGUCAUCAAAAGGAAGCAACUGCCUUUUUUUGUAUUGUAUUUUUUUUCAUGUUUACAUAUAACCACCUGUCUCAAAUGUCUGUUUUGCCAGAUAACAUUUCUAGAAAUUUUAUUUGGAUGUAAGCGUUCUGUAAAAAACUAUUUUAAAGAGCCUAACACAGUCAGGAAACGCAUAAUAAUUAAGUGAAAUGGGAUUUUAUGACAUUAAUACAUUGUAAUAAAGCAGGCUUUCUUUUAUCCAUUCCCUCAGACAUAAAGUAUGGAAAUCUGCUGAAAUAGGGAUUUGGUUCUAGGUGAGUUAAAUUUAUUGUUAAUACAAGUUGAUUAUGUUUAGCUUCAUCGCUGGUGGGUGUUUUGAAAGGAAGUGGAAAUGAUGGCUCUCUCCAUCAGGUACUCUGAUUGCACUGAAUGCCUGUGUCCUGUGGACAUGACCUUGUACUCAUUUACCGAAUGUUUGUCCGACACUAGAAUAAGAGGUUUUGUUUACAGUUUAUGUCCAAUGUCAGAAAAGGUUGCUGCAUCGCCUUGCUUCUGUUGUUUACAUGAUUUUUGUUCCUAUUCAGUAUUUCAGAAACUCAUGCGCUGGAUACGGUUGUCUGAAAGCAUGCCUUUAUAAGGUUUACGUGCAUUGUUUUGACCUUACACUUCCUGCACAUUUAUUUAUUGUCAUCCCUCAAAACUGUAACUGUAGCUUAGCUGGUUAACAUAUUGUGGUGAAUGAUGAGAAGUAUUGUCUAUACUGUAUAUGUUGCACUUUGUAUUUAAGUAUUAAAUCACAGCAAGUAUA